CCAGUAGAGGAGGAGGAAUGAUGACCUGGUAGCGCAUCUUUUUACGCACCCGAAUCGCGGUCCGUCCUUUCCAAAGCCACGGUCUGCUUCUUUACGCUCAAUUUAGACGCCGACAACCAUGGAGACGGCAGUUCCUAGGACCGAUAUUUUCAUCUCCCAGCUGCUCCUUUUCAGCCAAAUAGUUGUUGCUGCAGAGCCGCUGGUCCAGGGCUUGAGGAAACUCCCAGAAGAAAUCACUUGGUCAUAUUCAGGUACACUGAAUCAACGCAACUGGGGUAAGAAGUACCCAUCCUGUAACAGUGCCAGACAGUCUCCUGUGGACAUUGACGAGACGUUUACCCAAGUCCGGCUGCAGUACCAAAACCUGCAACUAGAGGGCUGGGAUAAACUCAUAGCAGAGUCCAGUACGAUCCACAAUAAUGGCAAGACAGUGGCCAUCAACGUGGAUGGGGAUUUCUUUGUGAGUGGAGGAGGUCUGAGCUCCAGGUUUCGUGUUAGCAGGAUCACGUUCCACUGGGGGCGCUGCAAUGCAACAUCAGAUGGGUCUGAGCACAGCCUGAAUGGGAUGAAAUACCCUCUGGAGAUGCAGAUUUACUGUUACGAUCCAGAUGAUUUCCAGAGUCUCGAUGACGCUAUUAGCGGCGGAGGGAGAAUCACUGCCUUAGCUGUGCUCUUCGAGACAAGCCUGGAGGACAAUGAGAACUUGAGUCCUGUUAUAGAUGCUGUCAGCACCGUGAGCAGGUUUGGUAAGACCGGAUCGAUUGAAACUUUCACCUUGCGGUCCUUGCUGCCUAAUAACACCGAUAAAUACUACAUCUACAAUGGCUCACUGACUGCCCCUCCCUGCUCUGAAACAGUGGAAUGGAUUCUGUUUAAACAGACCAUGAGCAUAUCGGAAACACAGCUGGAGGUGUUUUGUGAGGUGAUGACCAUGGAGCAGGCUGGGUAUGUGAUGCUGACUGAUUACCUGCAGAGCAACUUCAGGGAGCAGCAGCAGCAGUUCAUGGGCCAGGUGUUUGCCUCUUAUACCGGAGUGGAGGACGUGCUCACACCUACCUGCAGCUCAGAGCCAGAGAAUGUUCAAGCUGAUGCGCAAAACGACACCACCAUCGUAGUGACUUGGGAGCGCCCCCGUGUGGUUUAUGACACUACGAUUGACUGGUACACUGUCACCUAUCAGAGGCUACAGGGUCGAGACCAAACCAAGCAGGAGUAUAGGACAGAUGGAGACCAGGAUGUGGGUGCCAUCAUAUCCAGCCUCCUGGCCAACAGCAGCUAUGUGGUUCAGGUUGUGGCUAUUUGCACCAACGGACUCAGAGGACGAUGGAGCGAUCAGAUAAUAGUGGACAUGCCAUUAGAGGAUCCAGAAAGUGAAUCAGAUCCUGACUCUGUCUCACAAGACACAGGAGUCAACAGAGAGGGUCCAUCCAAGAACAGAUGGGAGAAGGUAGAGAAUCAGAACCACCUGGAUUUGGUAGUGGAGGACCACAGCCCAGUGGAGGAGGUCCCAGUGGAGCAGACCAGAGUUUAUCAGAAUCAACCAACACUUCACGAGAACCAGCCUAGAGACCAAACCCAGGCCAAUCGGAACUUGCCAGACCAAGCCAGCGCUCGUUCAAGCCCAAAGCCUCCUUCUGAGUCUGCUGUUCUACAGAAAAUUCGACUCAACCAGAACACAAAAAAGAAAAUAAACAGAAACAAGUUUGAACCUGGUGGUAUGGACCAGAACCAGAUCCAUGAUCACCAAAAAAUCCCAGCACUCAGGCCAUUCACAAAUGUGGGUUUUGAUGGCAACGGUGCAAUCUGGGUAGCUGAAGCAACUGAGCAGCCGGGAUUUCUGUUUCCAGUUGCUCAGACCACAACGCAGCCAACACCCCGUCGACAAAUCACAGAAGAAGCAUCACUGUCAGUGUGGCCUCAUCAGUCAAGGGAUCAGGCUGCACCAGAUCAAGCAGGUGAGAGUGGCCCCUCCUCUGCCCAGUCAGAGCUCUUCACCCCUCCUGUGGAGGACAUCCAAGUGACAGACAUCUUCUAUGAAGACACUGUCAACAUCUCUCCACUUGAAUCCACUGCCUCUUCUGUCACAGUGUCUGGUACUGCUGUGCCAGGUGGCAAAGUGGACAAAGAGCUUUCGCUGUCCUCUGAAGACAGAGAUGCACAAGGGAACACACUUCUCUCAGAAACCACCUCUGCCCAGCCCUCCCUUUGGAUCACAGCUAGAACAGCAACUGCCAGCAACACACUGGUCAACUCAGUCUACAAAUCAUUCACCCCUUCAUCUCUCCUCAGGGUGCUAAUGCAUACAACCCAACCAAUGUUCAACGAGGGCAGUAACAGCAGCCAUGAGUCUCGGGUCGGACUGGUUGGAGGUGUAGACAAGGAGAAGAGGACAGUCGUUCCUUUGGCUGUUGUCUCCACCCUCACCAUUCUCUGUCUGCUGGUGCUGGUGGGAAUACUCAUCUACUGGAGAAACUGUUUCCAGACUGCUAAUUUCUACCCAGAUGACAGUGCGUCACCCAAAGUCAUAUCUGCUCCAUCCACACCUUUGCUCCUGGCCUCAGAUGGUCAUGAGCCGCUGACAGUGAAGCAGUUUGUGAAGCAUGUCAUGGAGCUCCACACCACCAACACCUUCUCUAAGGAGUUUGAGGAGGUGCAGGCAUGUACUGUGGACAUGGGCAUCACUGCUGACACUUCAAACCACCCCGACAACAAAAGCAAGAACAGAUACAUCAACAUCUUGGCCUAUGACCACAGCAGAGUGAAGCUCUCCAACAGUUUAGACAGAGAAGGAAAAUGUGGAGACUACAUUAAUGCGAACUUUGUUGAUGGGUAUGAGAGAACCAGGGCAUACAUCGCAGCUCAGGGGCCUCUCAGAGCGAGCAGGGAAGACUUCUGGAAAAUGAUCUGGCAGCAGAACGUUGGAGUUAUUGUCAUGAUCACUAACCUCAAAGAGAAAGGACGGACAAAGUGUGAUCAGUACUGGCCAGACGACAACCAGGAGGAGUACGGAUCAUACCAGGUGACCCUAAAAAGCAGCAAGACCCUCGCUUACUACACAUUGCGGGCUUUCACUGUCAGAGACACUUCAGUGAAGGGAUCUCAAAAAAGAGCUGAACACACAGUCCUCCAUUACCACUACACCCAGUGGCCCGACAUGGGUGUUCCAGAAUACACUCUGCCUGUCCUAUCCUUCAUCAGAACAUCGUCUCAGGCCCGAUCACAGGAGAUGGGACCUGUCCUGGUUCACUGCAGUGCUGGUGUAGGAAGGACUGGAACCUACAUAGUGAUAGACAGCAUGCUGCAGCAGAUCCAGGAUCAGGGGACAGUGAAUGUUCUUGGCUUCCUAAAACAUGUUCGAACUCAGAGGAACUUCCUGGUUCAGACCGAGGAGCAGUAUGUGUUUAUCCAUGAUGCUCUGGUGGAGGCCAUCCUGGGCCGUGAUACCUCAGUGACCUCUGACCUCCUGCACACUUAUGUGUCUGACCUCCUGACCCCUGGGUUGUCAGGCAGGACACGUAUGGAUAAACAGUUCAAAUUGAUCAGUCAGCGUCAGGCAAAGCAUGCAGAUUACAGCACUGCCCUGAGGGAAGGCAACGCUGAGAGGAACAGGGCCAAAGCUUUGAUGCCUGUGGAGAGAUCAAGGGUCUGUCUGACCGCCUCAGAAACAAACUCCACAGGGUACAUCAACGCAUCGUACGUCAUGGGACGUCAUCACUGUAAGGAGUUUAUAGUAACCCAGACUCCUCUGAGCAGCACAGUGGAAGAUUUCUGGAGAAUGAUCUGGGAGCACGACACACACACUGUUGUUCGUCUUUCAGACACACACACUCAGAGUGAAGAAGGGGAGUCUUGUGUCUACUGGCCCAGUAGAGACCAGCCUUUGAGCUUUGAGGGUUUCACCGUGUCGUUCUCAGGGGAGGAGCAUCUGUGUCUGUCCAACGAUGAGAGGCUUCUGGUGCAGGACUUCAUAGUGGAUUCUCCACAGAACAAUUAUGUGCUGGAGGUGCGACAGUACAGUGCCACCUGCUGGCCGAACCCAGACAGUCCCAUCAGGAACAGUUUUGAUGUGGUCAACACUGUCAGAGGCCAUAGCAGAAACACAGAUGGACCAACAGUUGUACAUGACCCGUUGGGUGGCUCUACAUCAGGGCUGUUCUGUGCCCUCACCACUUUAUCCAGCCAGUUAGAGGAAGAGGGGGCAGUAGAUGUGUACCAGGUGGCACGGAUGACCAACCUCAUGAGACCUGGCGUGUUUAAUGAUGUAGAGCAGUACCAGUAUCUGUACCGAGCUGUGCUGAGUCUGGUGAGCAGCCAGGAAGAUCAGAGAGCCCUGCAGAGUCCAGAAACCAACGGAUCUGUAACACUGGGACAGACCAGCAUCGCAGAGAGCCUUGAGUCCCUCAUGUAGUCACACACCCCUACUGUGCAUGCCAACACUGAGACACAAGCAUCCAUGCUCAUGUGAUCAUACUGUCUAAUGAGCAUGCUCAUGCUGUGAUGUACAGUAUGGCCACUAAUCAGACAAACUUAACAUCCACAACUUUAAGACGUACUGAGCCGGUCUAAUCCAGUAUAAACUUAAACGCUAGCUCAGUCCAUUAAUAUAUUAUUCAGCAGAGUUUUAUCAUGACAGCUCAAUACUUUAAGUCAUCCUUUUGUUUUCGUCAUGAGUAAGUACACUGUGACACUCAUGUAACAGGUUUAGAUGUGACUUUAAAAGUGACCAACCGAGUCUCGUAGCUGAUAAUAAUCCUACAUAACAUAAUACAAAGCUUCACUGCCUUUCUAAGAAAAACAGCCAAACUUCUGUGAGUGUGCAGUUAUGAUGGAGCCUGAAGCAGCACAGUUCAAAGAGGAGACGUCAAACAUGAACAAAGAAAAGCUAAGAGACAUCAAAAGAAUUCAUUCUCUAUAUAUUUUUAUUCUGAUAACAGAUGUAACCUUGUAGAACAUUUAUUACCUCUGUCUCUUUUAAUCUUAUGAAAUGUUUUAUCACUGUCUUUAAUUUACCCCUCAUUGCUAUUUUCUACCUUUUUUGUGUUUUCAUAAUUGUCUUAUAUUCUUGCUAUUGUGCUCCUAAAAAGCAGAAUAUUAUUAAAACUUAAAAAGAACCAAAACCUAGAACAAGCUUUCUAAAGAACUCGAUAGUGCUUUAAAAUGAAAAACAAGAAGACAUGAUUAACCCUUUAGUUUUUUAGAUUUAAUGCACACUGACCAGCAGAAGUUUAAUGUAUAAAAUGAUGUUUUUAACAGCCACAUGUUCAGAUUCUUCACAUAUGACGUUAAGGAGGCUGCUGCUGUUUACUGUUGAUGAAUUUCUCUAACGACUCAUUGCCACUGGCUCUAUGUUAUGUGGUACCCUGUGCCUUCUGUAAUUCAUGUAAUUGUACUCCAGAGCUUUUGAUACAGCAGCCAUGUGACUAAUAUAUGCCAAAAUAAUGAUCUGUGACUUUUAUCUGUUUUCUUAAAUGUGAGUACUGUAUUGUUGUUAGUUUCUGGAGUUUCCUUACAUUUAAACACUAUUAUUUGAAACCUUGGUGUCUGUAAAUGUCGGAGGGGGGAGAGAAAUAUGUGACUGUUUAAAAAAAAAUGCAGCCUGGUCAGUUUUCAUUAGUGGAGGUGGUUAAAACUGACCAGAUUUUAUGCUGGACAAAUGUUUUCCUAAGGAAGUAAAUCUGUGACAUCAGAUAUUGAAUAGUU